AGGUACAACUCAUUCGCAAGUAUUCAUCUGCACCAACUGAAAUAUGAAGCUGUAUUUGCCAAUACUGGUUGGACUCCUGGGGCUGACCAUGGUUCACUGCCAAAUUCUCGUGCCGGGGCUUCGACAUCGCCAGGUUCCCGUGCUUGAUAACGGCCAAAUUAGAGUGGUGCAGUAUCUCGACGCGGCUUCUACAGUUACCCCAGAGGUGCUAAAGGAUCAGUUCAGUAGACGAUUUACCACGCUUGCCAAACCUUUAAUAAGUGGUGCCGCUCCCCAAACCAGUCUCCCAAACUUGUAAAUAAAAGCUUAUCACUAUUAUAGCUUUAAUAAAACAUUUAAGCUUUUAAGUUU